AUGGAUAACCAUCCGGGAGCAGUCCUGACCCCAACUUCCUCUCCAAACGGUGCUCAUCUCCCGUCACCACUACCACCAUCACCACCACCACCUCCAUAUAGUCCGAAGCCUGCUGCUUCUGCUGCUCCAAUAGUCUACUCGCGCGACUUUGCCUAUGCCAACAACAAGCCUGUGAUUGUUCUGCCGGCACGCAUGGCCGCUACAAACAUCGCAAACGCCAGCGCGAAGACCUUUGCAGAUGAAGGACGCAAAAGAGCAUGCGCUAGUCACAAGAUGGAGUACUGGGGCGAAAGCCUGUUGAAGAGCAUGUUGACUGAAAGGUUGCGCGAAAGGCUCCUCUCCGGACCCACUGUAGACAUAUACGUAGGAGCGCAAAAGAGAAAAUGGACUCUGCAUCAGAACCUCUUGAUGCACCAUUCUUCCUACUGCGAGCUCGAGUUCCAACAGUCUCGAGAUGAUGUUGAGAAGUCAGAGAGCAGUAGAUUGGAUCUCCCGCACGACGACCCCAUCGGUUUCGAAUUACUCGUCAAAUGGCUAUAUCAAGGCACACUUCAAGACAGCUCCAGCUUCGACACCGAUGAGACCAAGUACGAACACGCAGUAGCUUGCUUCAAAUUGUGGAUGCUCUGCGAUCGUUUCCACAUGAUCAAGCUGAAAAAUCUCGCCAUGGACCAAUAUCGACGCUGUCUGACCGAAAGUCAACUCGUGCCGGAUGCUGACGAGAUUGAUGAUAUUUAUCGCACCAGUCCAGUCCACAGUCCCUUCAGAACUCUGAUGAUCAAGAUCGCAGCACGACAGAUGAUGGAUCCGGAAGUGGAGAGGAGCGCCGAGGCAUAUCGAAAGUGUUUCGAGAAUAAUCCGGAUUUUGCCAUGGAAAUGAUCAGGUCCAUUCGGCAAAUGUCCCAGGGUAUACUUUUCGCAGACCCUACCAGAGGUGAUGCGUGUUCGUAUCACGAUCAUGCGGAUGUCAGUGGUUGUCCUAUGCAAGGCAAAGGAAAGGCGAGAGUGCCGAUGUGUAAGAAAACGAAGAUCAAGACGGAGAAUGAUGAUGAUGGCCAAGGAUCACCAUCACCACCCAUGAAUCAGAAGAACCCACGCGGACAACGAACUCCCUCGCCCUUGGUCCACAUCGAGCUCUCGCCGGCGAAAAAAACGCCUCGCAAGCUUCGAACACCUUUCAAAAUACCUUCUGCGACCACUCUUCAGCUUCAACCAGACUCUACACCAAAAACUCUUCCAUCAAAACUCAACAGCCCAGAAUCUAGUAAUAGCCUCCUACCACCUCACACCCCAGCGAAACGUGCAAUCUCAAACGAUAAUAGUCUCCCCAAAGGAACAACAACACCUCAUCGUGACCCCACGAGCGAAGCGACGCCAAAGUCUCAAAAUAUUCCUCUUCCUCCUAUCAAUAAUAGCAGACAAAUAGACGACCUCUCCCAACAUCAGAAAUCCCAGAGAAAUGCAAGCAAGAAUAAUAUCGACAUGGAGAUCCAGCAGCAUCAGCCUCCCACAUGGCCACCUAGAACGCCAUUAUCCAUGAUCAUUUCAACGUCGCAGCCAGAUGCAGAGAACGCUGUGCGUGGGAACGCAAGCAGCACUAUUACUCCUCCCCCCACUACUAAUACCGAUGAUAAUACUGCUCCAGCGCCACGGAGAGGCAAGUCGGAAUUUAUUCGCGGCACGCCUCGUAAGCUCCUUCAUGUGGUGAAUACUACAUGUACGAUUGGAGAAGAAGUUGAUGAUUUCAGAGGAGGAGGAGGAGGAGGAGGAGGAGGAGGUGGUGGUGGUGGUGGUGGUGGUGGUGGUGGAGAGAACAGUAUGAUCUUCCAUGGGCCACGAAAGUUGCGAGUGAGCAGUAUGGUGAGGAAGAUUAAUGAGGAUGAGAAGCGGGAGAGACGGGCUCCUCCGAAGUUGAGGAGGAAGGGUGAAGCCACAGCAAUAGCAACAGCAUGA